AUGUCUACUUUAAUCCCUCCACCUUCUAAAAAACAAAAGAAAGAAGCCCAACAACCUAGAGAAGUGGCUAUUAUCCCCAAGGAUUUGCCUAAUGUUUCGAUCAAGUUUCAAGCUUUAGAUACUGGUGACACCGUGGGUGGUUCCUUGAGAGUUCCUGGGGCUAUCUCUGAGAAGCAAUUAGAGGAGCUGUUGAACCAGUUAAACGGUACCUCAGAUGAUCCAGUGCCAUAUACAUUCAGUUGUACCAUCCAAGGUAAGAAGGCCAGUGAUCCUGUGAAGACCAUUGACAUAACGGAUAACCUAUACUCUUCAUUGAUAAAACCAGGCCAUAACAGUACAGAAGAUCAGAUCACACUGUUGUAUACCCCAAGGGCAGUUUUCAAAGUAAAACCAGUGACUAGAAGUUCAUCAGCCAUUGCGGGCCAUGGUUCCACAAUUCUGUGUUCUGCUUUCGCACCACAUACCAGUUCCAGAAUGGUAACUGGUGCAGGUGACAACACGGCAAGAAUUUGGGAUUGUGACACUCAGACCCCAAUGCAUACUCUAAAGGGACAUUUCAACUGGGUUCUUUGUGUUGCAUGGUCUCCCGAUGGCGAAGUGAUUGCUACAGGUUCCAUGGAUAAUACCAUAAGGUUAUGGGACCCGAAAACUGGAGAGUGUCAAGGUGAUGCUCUCAGAGGUCACUCCAAGUGGAUCACAUCCUUGAGUUGGGAGCCUAUACAUCUCGUGAAACCAGGAUCCAAACCGAGAUUGGCUUCAUCUUCUAAAGACGGUACCAUUAAGAUUUGGGACACAGUGAGUAGAUUCUGUCAGUAUACAAUGAGUGGUCACACGAAUUCGGUGUCUUGUGUCAAAUGGGGUGGUCAAGGUCUAUUGUAUAGUGGAUCUCAUGACAGAACUGUACGUGUAUGGGACAUGAAUUCCCAGGGUAGAUGUAUCAACAUUUUGAAAUCUCAUGCACAUUGGGUUAACCACUUAUCGUUAUCUACAGAUUACGCUCUACGUGUGGGUGCCUUUGACCAUACAGGUCAGAAACCCACCUCGCCGGAAGACGCACAAAAGAAGGCUCUAGCGAACUAUGAAAAGAUCUGUAAGAAGAAUGGGAACUCGGAAGAAAUGAUGGUUACUGCAAGUGACGAUUUCACCAUAUUUUUAUGGAACCCACUAAAAUCUACCAAACCUAUAGCAAGAAUGACUGGACACCAAAAGCUAGUCAACCACGUUGCAUUCAGUCCUGAUGGCAGGUAUAUUGUCUCAGCAUCCUUUGAUAAUUCUAUCAAGCUAUGGGAUGGAAGAGAUGGUAAAUUCAUCUCCACGUUCAGAGGGCACGUAGCCAGUGUCUACCAGGUCGCAUGGUCCUCGGAUUGCCGACUAUUGGUAUCAUGUUCCAAGGAUACUACUUUGAAAGUGUGGGAUGUGAGAACUAGAAAACUUUCCGUUGACCUUCCAGGUCACCAAGACGAAGUUUAUACCGUUGAUUGGAGUGUUGAUGGUAAAAGAGUGUGUAGUGGUGGGAGAGACAAGAUGGUAAGAUUAUGGACACAUUGA